AUGGGCUUCGACGAUGAGCCAUCAAAACCGGUGACCGGAAAUCUGGCAACGCAUCUACAAACAAACCACUAUGGCCAGCCCGCACCGGCUCCUGCUGAUGGGGGCAAGACGCGUGAGCCAAGUGACGCCUCAGCCAAGAUCAUGGAGAAGUACUUGCUUGCUGGGGCCCUGAAUCCGGCAGUGCGGAAGUCGCAGAAGGGAUUCCUUCGCAUCUUCUGUGCAUGGCUACUCGAAGAGGGGUUGGCGUUUACUACCGGCGAGAGUAUGGGCCUCAAGCGUGUCUUCCAGUACAUUGACUGCAAGUAUGGCCUCCCCUCCAACACCACUGUCCGAAACACUCUCGCAGAGAUGUUUGCUACAAUGCUUGAUCAGAUCAAGUCUGCACUGCGAGAUGUCAAGUCAAAGAUUGCCGUGUCCAAGGACACCUGGACCACUCGCUCGAUGAUGUUCACAUUUGCUGGAACGAUUGCGAACUGGAUCACCGAGGACUGGGAGAUUGUGGAGGUGGUUCUGUGA